GAAGAUUAUGACGCCCCCAACGUUUUUCCGUGGAAACAAUUGCUCCUUGGAAUUUGUUUGAUCGAUUUUACUUAGUCAGUAGUACGUACACUUAUUGUUCUUCUUCAAUAUCUCGUACGAAAGUUCCGACUCGAAACCAAGAACCUGGCAACUUCGGAUGGACGUUCGAGAGUUUACUGAAGUAUAUCAAUCGUAGUACGCAAUGGUAGGUUGUUUCUGGAUCAUCGCCUCCCUGACUUUGUUUCGAUUCGAUUUUUCGAUUGGAUUCGGAGCAUCGUCCCACCGACGGAAGAGCCAAGAAGCCCGCCUUUCCCGCAGCAGCAUGCCACCGCAGAUGGGAACUACGGCUCMCGGGUCCGAUGCCGCGGGCGCCAGCGCAACCGCCACCGGUGAUCCCGUCCUUCCGGAGUGGGUUCGAGCCGGAAGCGACAACGGGGACUGGGGAGAAAAGCUCGAGGUACCGGAAUGGAAGGACGACGGAGGCGCCUACCGCGCUUCCAACGGCUGGAGGGGCAGGGACCUGGUCCACGACCGGGACUCGCCCGUCCGCGUCCUGGACUACUACGUCGCCUAYGGGGGGGGCAUWYSCCAGGACCACCACAGCGACGAGAAAACCCUCUACAAGACCUUUGCCAGGGGCGGGGUUGGCACCACCCUCACCGGGAUCGUCCACUUUACGAGCCGGGCCGAGAGCCACAAGGGCUACUGCCACGGGGGGAGCAUGUGUGGCAUCAUGGAUGACGUCCUUGGUUGGAUCGGUUUCCUGGCCACGGGGGAGUGCCUCCCCUGGAGCGGGUACACCGUCCAGGUGAACUCCAGCCUCCAAAAGCCCGUAAGGGUCGGUUCGUUCCUGAGGGUCCGGGCCGAGAUCGUCGGCAUCGAGCGGCGCAAGGUAUCGAUCGAGGCCACCAUCUCGGACCCGGCCGCAGAAAGACCGGGCCUGGCAGAGGGAGGGCGCGAUCCUUCAAUCCAUGCCACCGCCACCGGUCUCACGAUCCUCAACCGCGGCGUCCUCUGCGAAGACCGGAAAGGGUAGCUGCCGAAACCACCCCAUUGAUGGAAGAAACGAAAGGCGCAGCGGGCUCGGUUGCUCGGGAAUGCAACGGAUUCUUGCCAUGCAAUGAUUCAAGCAUCUAAUAAAACGGGAAAGGUUGU